AUGAUUAAUGGAGAAAUCAACAAUGACGGACUGCAGCAAGAUAAUUCAUCACCACAAAAUUCCAACCACCCACACAAAGAAGUGCCCGAUUUGGAAGGAGCAGGUGGAGAUGUAGACAUGACAGCAGGAGGAGAUGUGAAUGUGGGAGGAGGAGGAGGAGGAGAUCAUGUGGAUGUGGAAGGAGGAGGAGAUCAUGUGGAUAUGACAACAGCAAGAGAUGUGAAUGUAGGAGGAGGAGGAGGAGGAGGAGGAGGAGGAGGAGUUGGUGUCGGAGGAGGAGUUGGUGUCGGAGGAGGAGUUGAUUUUGCAGGGUUUACAGGUCAAUGGGAGCUAGUUUCCGAUAACUCCGGUGUAUCGGCAAUGCAUGCCAUUUUGCUACCCAAAAUCAACAAGGUUUUGAUGUAUGAUGCCACCAUUUGGAGGAUUUCCAAAUUGCCCUAUCCUGCUGAUCACCCUUGUAGAAUGAUUAACAAGCAGACCGGUGAAAAAGACUGCUAUUAUCACUCUGUCCUUUAUGACAUUAACAAUGGUCAUCUUAGGCCUCUUGAGCUUAAUACAGACACAUGGUGCUCAUCAGGAGGAUUGACAGAUGACGGAACCCUAGUGAGCACAGGUGGAUUUCAAGGUGGAGCCAAAACUCUUCGAUACCUCCGAGACUGUGACACUUGCGAUUGGGAGGAAUAUCCCACCGCACUUGCUUCUCUUAGAUGGUACUCGACACAGGCAACCUUACCUGACGCCAGUUUUAUCGUAGUCGGCGGCCGCCAAGAGUUCAACUACGAGUACAUUCCCGGACAUGGUAAACAACAUCAGAACCUAAAACCCCAUGACUUCCCCUUCCUCCGCGAAACCACUCAAAUGGAUGAAAAUAACCUUUACCCCUUCGUGUAUCUCUCCACCGACGGCAACAUCUUUAUCUUCGCCAACAACCGUGCCGUCCUCCUCAACCCUAAAUCAAACCAAAUCACUCAACAUUACCCUAUCCUCCCCGGCGGAUCUCGCAAUUACCCUGCCAACGCGGCGUCUGUACUCCUCCCCAUAAAACUCCACCCUGGAGACAAGAAUAGGAAAAUCCCAGCCGAGGUCUUAAUCUGCGGCGGAGCGAGGCCGGAAGCGUAUGGAGAAGCCGAGAGGAAACAGAAUUUCAUGCCGGCAUUGAAGGAUUGUGGAAGGAUGAGGAUUACAGAUCCGAAACCAGUUUGGAAGAUCGAGGAGAUGCCGUCGGCGCGCGUGAUGGGGGAUAUGGUAAUUCUCCCAACCGCAGAUAUUUUAUUGCUUAAUGGAGCCAAACUGGGCACAUCAGGUUGGGGUUUGGCAAAAGACCCUAAUUUCAUUCCUGCAUUGUACCGUCCUAAGCUCAAGAAAGGACAGAGAUUCUCUGAAUUAGCACCCACAAAUAUUCCUAGAAUGUACCAUUCCACCUCUACAUUGUUACCAGAUGGUAAAAUCCUUGUCGCUGGAAGUAAUACCAAUAAUGGUUACCUGUAUAAUGUUGAAUUCCCUACCGAAUUGAGGGUCGAGAAGUUCUCGCCCCCUUAUCUGAACCCGUCAUUGGCAGAGAAAAGGCCGGUGAUUGUGGUUGAUCAGCUGCAAACUGAGCUCAAGUAUGGAAAGAAGCUUAUCGUGCAGAUCAAGUCAAGUGCAGAGAGACUUGAAACAGGGGAUGUUCAGGUGACAAUGUAUGCACCACCUUUUACUACUCAUGGUAUUUCAAUGAACCAGAGGCUUAUAGUGUUGGGGUUGAUGGAGGUGACCAGCAAUGAUGGGUAUCAUAAAAUUACUACAGAGGCGCCACCAUCUGGUAAGGUUGCUCCGCCUGGGUAUUAUCUUCUCUUUGUUGUGCAACAGGGUGUGCCCAGUGAAGGUGUGUGGGUGCGUAUCACAUAAGAGUUGAUUCAAGACAUAAGUAAAAUUGAUAAUGAUCUGUUGUAGAGCAAAAUAUUCUUCAACUGGCAUGGCAUGGAGAUAGAAAAGCUAGUUCAAGCUUCUCUGUGUUUCAUGGUAACCAUUUUUUUCAUUCUUUUCUUGUAUUGAGACUUGUCUCUCUAUGUUGUGAAGCUCGAAUUUUAUAAUUAGUU